UGUGGUUUUUGACUUGCAGUGUGUCACAACCGCAAACGGUUUCAAGCUUACUCACUCUGUCACUGCAUUUUAAGCUUUUAUUUCACCAGAGAAGAGCUCUUGGGAGCGACCUACUCCGUUAUGGAUCUUCGCCUAGGGUUCUUCACCUUAUUAGCUCUCUUACAGUUCUUUCUAAUUUUAUCUUCAGUAGAAGCGGACAAUUUGUCCACAAGACUUCUUUUGACAUCCAAUGCCAACACAGUGGGGGAAAAACAUUCCCAGGAUUACUGUGCAAUGUAUGACAUUUGUGGAAAGCGCAGUGACGGUAAAGUAGUGAAUUGUCCAUAUGGUUCCCCAGCUUUGAAGCCAGAUGAUUUGCUCUCAUCCAAGAUCCAAAGUUUGUGCCCAACAAUUACUGGGAACGUUUGUUGUACAGAAGCUCAGUUUGACACAUUAAGGACGCAAGUCCAACAGGCCAUUCCUUUUCUUGUAGGUUGUCCAGCAUGCUUAAGAAACUUUUUGAAUCUGUUUUGUGAGCUUACGUGUUCUCCGAACCAGAGUUUAUUCAUCAAUGUAACCUCAGUUAACAAUGUUGAUGGUAAUUUGACAGUGGGUGGGAUUGAUUAUUUAAUAGCUGAUGCUUAUGGUGAAGGGUUAUAUGAAUCAUGCAAAGAGGUAAAGUUUGGCACUAUGAAUUCUCGAGCUCUACAGUUCAUUGGUGCUGGUGCUCAAAAUUUUAAAGAUUGGUUUGCUUUUAUUGGUAGAAAAGCAGCCCCUGGUGGUCUUGGUUCACCAUACGCAAUUACAUUCAGGUCAAAUGCAACCGAGUCAUCUGGCAUGAAACCUAUGAAUGUUUCAACUUAUUCAUGUGGUGAUAUUUCUCUUGGCUGUUCUUGUGGUGACUGUCCUUCCUCUUCAGUAUGCUCCGUUUCAUCUUCAACUACCACCAGUAAGAAGGAUUCAUGCUCCGUGAAAGUUGGGACUUUAGUGGUGAAGUGUGUUGACUUGAUUUUGGCAGUCUUGUACAUUAUACUGAUUUGUGUGUUCUUAGGUUGGGGACUGUAUCAUCGGAUAAGAGAAAGAAACCCUACAUACAGAACUAAAUCAGUGUCUAAUGUCAUCAGUGAUGGUGCCCUGUAUACCCGUAACAGGGAGAAGGAUGAGAACCUCCCAAUGCAGAUUCAUAUGAUGGAAGAUGCUCGAGAAAACAGACAUGAAGUUCGGCUCUCUGCUGUGCAGGGAUAUAUGACAAAUUUUUACAGGAAAUAUGGAUCAUACGUAGCUAGACAUCCGAUUGUGGUGUUGGCUUCAUCUAUCGCUAUUGUUCUUCUCCUUUGUGUUGGUCUAAUCAAGUUCAAGGUUGAGACACGACCUGAGAAGCUCUGGGUAGGACCUGGAAGCAAAGCAGCACAAGAGAAGGAGUUUUUUGACAGUCAUCUUGCUCCAUUUUACAGAAUUGAACAGCUCAUACUGGCAACAGUUCCAGAUAAUGUAAAUAGUACAUCACCAAGAAUUGUGUCAGAGAACAACAUUAAGUUUCUGUUUGAAAUACAGAAAAAGGUUGAUGCAAUUCGUGCUAAUUAUUCUGGUUCGAUGGUAUCUCUGCAAGACAUCUGUAUGAAGCCACUAGACAAAGAUUGUGCCACUCAAAGUGUCCUGCAGUACUUCAAAAUGGAUCCCAAAAAUUUUGAUGAUUACGGGGGAGUUGAGCAUCUCAAUUACUGUUUCGAGCAUUAUUCCUCAGCAGACCAAUGUAUGAGUGCAUUUAAAGCUCCUCUUGAUCCAAGCACUGUAUUAGGAGGAUUUUCUGGAAAUGAUUAUUCAGGGGCAUCUGCAUUCAUUGUAACUUAUCCAGUAAAUAAUGCUGUUGAUAAAGAAGGUAAUGGAACAAGAAAGGCAGUUGCUUGGGAGAAGACCUUUGUUCAGCUGGUGAAGGAUGAACUGUUACCAAUGGUACAAUCGAGAAAUUUGACGCUAGCUUUUUCAUCUGAAAGCUCUGUUGAAGAAGAGUUGAAAAGAGAAAGUACUGCAGACGCUAUUACUAUAUUGGUUAGCUAUCUUGUGAUGUUUGCUUAUAUAUCUCUUACUCUAGGGGAUACACUGCAGCCUUCAUUUUUCUAUAUUUCUUCAAAGGUGCUGUCUCAACCACAAUAUCAAGCCACCUUUCCUCCACUUCAAUUUUUUUUUCUGUAUCUUCCUCGCUCCUAAUCCCUUCAUUGUAUUUACUUAUGUAAACCUUUCUGAUUUUAAUCUCAUUGAAUAAUUUUGGAUUACAGGUAUUACUACUUUUUUUCCUUUCUGAGUCAUUCCUGUUUUGUUGUCCUGUCCUUGUGUCGGUUGCUUGGUUUAGUGUUCUUGGUGUAAAAUCUACUCUCUGAUCAUCAUGGAAGUUACCGCUUUCUUGUCUAGCUGUAAUUUUUG